AUGUCGCAACAAUAUUCCCAGCAGAUUCCGCCUGGUGGACAAGAUGGGUAUGGCCAAGCUGUGCCGCCGGGCCAGUCGUACGAAAACUACGAAACCCAGUCUCCCCCAGGUGUCCCUCCCGGACCACCCACCGGCCCUCCCGCUGCUGGUGGCCGAAAGAAGCGUGCAUACGCCGGUCAAGCAUAUGAAUUUGGUGCAGGAGCGAAUGCUGGUCUCGGUGGGCAACAGACUGGUGGCGGCGCCCCAGCUGCCCCCUACAGUGGCUACUCGGCACAGCAGGAUGCGGCGGGGUACCCCCAGGGUGGCUAUCAACAAAACCCUGCCGCUGUUCAGCAAGGUCAGACGCCUAUGUACGGACAGCAGGAUGCGGGCGCACCUGGAGGUUAUCAGCCUCCUCAACCCGCCUACCCAACCCAGCCGCAGGGGGGUGUUCCCGGAAUGACACAACAGUUUGGCCAGAUGAACAUGAACCAGCCUCCGCCGCCUCAGCAACAGGUGAAAGCACCCCAAUUGAACCAACUGUACCCUGCCGAUCUUUCCAACAGUCCCUUUAAUGUGGCCGAGUUGGACUACCUACCGCCUCCCGCAGUCCUCCCACCUAAUACGAGCGUGACACCGUCCCCUCAUGCGAACUGCCCGCCGAAGUAUGUUCGUUCGACGCUCAAUGCUAUUCCUACCACACAUUCUCUUCUGAAAAAGUCGAAGCUCCCCUUCGCGCUCGUCAUUCAACCAUAUACUUCGCUACAUGACAACGAAGACCCCGUCCCCGUCGUUCCCGACCAAGUCAUUUCGAGAUGUCGGAGAUGCCGCUCAUACAUCAAUCCGUUCGUUACGUUCCUUGACCACGGACACAGAUGGAGAUGCAACAUGUGCAGCUUAACCAACGAUGUUCCCCAGGCUUUCGAUUGGGACGCCACAACUCAGAAAGGUCUGGAUAGGUGGCAACGUCCAGAUUUGAACCAUGCAGUAGUCGAAUUUAUUGCGCCACAAGAGUAUAUGGUUCGGUCACCCCAGCCACUGGUCUAUCUCUUCCUUAUCGAUGUCAGCUAUGCGUCGGUCACCAGCGGUCUGCUUGCUACAGCUGCCAGAUGUAUACGCGAGAGCUUGGACCGAAUACCGAAUGCCGAUCGGAGAACGAGACUUGGGUUCAUAGCUGUCGAUUCGAGUCUACACUUCUUCAACAUCCCAAGGGACGGCACAGAGAAUGCUGAUACGAGUAUGCUUGUUGUCUCGGACCUGGAUGAGCCAUUCUUGCCCACCCCGGCGGACCUUCUAGUCACCCUAACCGAGGCACGGGAAAACAUCGAGAACUUCCUUGACAAGUUGCAAGAAAUGUUUGCGAAUACUCAAAACGGUGCUUCGGCUAUGGGAUCUGCACUUCGAUCAGGCCACAAGCUCAUUGGUCCGGUUGGAGGUAAGAUGACUGUGGUCACUGCGUCCUUGCCCAAUAUCGGCAGCGGACGGCUCGAGAUGCGGGAGGACAAGAAAUUGCUCGGCACUUCCAAGGAGAGCAGCUUAUUGGGUACCUCCAACAGCUUCUACAAGAGCUUCGCCGUGGAAUGCUCCAAGCAGCAAAUUUCCGUCGACAUGUUCCUGUUCUCGUCACAGUACCAAGAUGUGGCUUCGUUGAGUUGUCUACCAAGAUACACUGGUGGGCAGACAUUUUUCUACCCGGGCUGGAACGCCGCCAGGGAAGAUGAUGCGAUGAAGUUUGCCAAGGAGUUCUCUGACUACCUGUCUGCUGAGAUUGGUCUCGAAGCAGUUCUACGUGUCCGUGCCACGACCGGGUUGAGAAUGAACACCUUCUACGGCAAUUUCUUCAACCGUAGUUCGGACCUUUGCGCCUUUCCAGCAUUUCCGCGUGACCAAGCUUAUGUGGUUGAAGUAGCGAUCGAUGAGACCAUCACCAAGCCGGUUGCUUGCAUGCAGACGGCUGUCUUGCACACCACCUGCAACGGUGAGCGCCGCAUUCGUGUCAUGACCUUGGCUCUUCCAACGACUCAGCAGCUAGCAGACGUCUACGCAUCAGCGGAUCAGCAGGCCAUCACCACAUACUUCAGCCACAAGGCGGUGGAGCGAGCGCUCAACGGAGGACUCGAGAGUGCACGCGACUCGAUCCAAGCGAAGCUUGUCGAGCUGCUUUCGACCUACAAGAAGGAGCUCGCUGGAGGCAGCAUGGGUGGCGGCGGUCUGCAAUUCCCACUUAAUCUUCGCGGUCUCCCCAUCCUGUUCCUUGCGCUGACCAAGAACCUGGGCCUCCGCAAGUCAUCUCAGAUUCCAAGUGACAUGCGUUCAGCCGCAUUGUGUUUGUUGUCAACUCUGCCGCUACCUCUCCUGAUUCAGUACAUCUACCCCAAGAUGUUCUCGCUCCACGACAUGCCGGAUGAUGCAGGCACCGUGGAUGAGAAGACGGGCGAAAUCAUUCUACCCCCACCUAUCAACCUAUCCUCGGAGCGGUUGGUGCCAUACGGCUUAUAUCUGAUCGACGACGGGCAGACGCAGUUCAUGUGGGUCGGCAGGGAUGCGGUACCUCAGCUGGUCACGGAUGUGUUCGGUCUAGCGGACAAGACACAACUCAAGGUCGGCAAACAACGGUUGCCUGAAUUGGACAACGACUUCAACGAGAGGGUGCGAGCAGUCAUUAGCAAGAGCCGGGAUCAUAAAGCCAAGGGUGUUGGUUCGAUUAUUGUACCGCACCUCUACGUUGUGAAGGAAGACGGUGAACCGGGUUUGCGUCUGUGGGCCCAGACGAUGCUCGUGGAAGACCGGGCGGACCAGGGUGUCAGCCUCCAACAGUGGAUGGGCAUGAUGAGAGAAAAGGUGAGCUUCUAG